CAGUUUUCAUAUCGGGGCAAUAUCUGGAAGGCCGCGCUUUCAAUAAAGUAUUCCAAAUUGUGUCAUCGUUCGGGUUGAUAUCAAUAUUGCCCUGAGAUAGGAAGAGGGAAUUUAUAAGGUAAAUAUUGUGAAGGGUGGCGGCGCAUGCCGUCCUGCGUGGUGUACCGGCGUGGACGGGCGGAGGGACGGGGGAUGUGGCGGCCUCAGUCCCGGCCAGCGAGUCACGGGGGCGGCAUGUACUGGUGACGUCAGUGACAGUGAGUGACGUGUCAGUGUAACAGUGAGUGUGACAUGUGGCAUCUGGUGACAAUGACAGCUGCCGUGGCACUGGCCCUCACAGCCGCCAUCAAACCGGUCCCAGAACACCAAGUGGCAAUCAUGGACAUCCAGGCGGUGGAGGGCAAGAGAGUGGAACUACCCUGCAACGUGACACCACCAGGCCACGACAAACUCUACAUGGUGCUAUGGUUCAAAGCAGACGCUGGGAUACCUCUUUAUAGUUUUGACAUGAGGGGCAAGCCGGCGCACCAGGCGCGUCACUGGUCCGCCAAGGAAGUGUUCGGUGACCGCGCUUUCUUCCGCACAGGUCCAGAGCCCGCCAUGCUGGUGCUGGAAGGCAUCAGAAGACAUGACGAGGGCCUCUACCGCUGCAGAGUCGACUUUAGAAACACACCAACGCGCAGCUUCCGAUACAACCUCACCAUUGUCGUGCCCCCGGAGUACCCGGCAAUCUUUGACCGCUACGGUCGUCAACUGAAUGGCACUCUGGGACCCUACAAGGAGGGUGACAACGUCAGUCUGACUUGCCGGGUUGUUGGCGGGCGGCCGGAGCCUACUGUACGAUGGCUGGUGAACGGCCAACUGGUGGACGACGAGUAUGAGCACAACUCCGGUGACGUCAUCGAGAACAGACUAACCUGGUCAUCCAUCACGAGGAAGGACUUGGAGUCCGUGUUCAGCUGUCAGGCGAGCAACACGAACCUGACAGAUCCCCGGGAAACGUCCCUAGUCCUAGACCUCUUCCUCAAGCCUCUUACUGCUAGAAUCCACACAUCCAGGUCGCCCCUGGUGGCUGACAUGUCGUACGACAUUAUUUGCAACUCUGCGGGAUCCAGACCACCAGCUGUCAUCACGUGGUACAAGGGAAAACAUCAUCUCAAGAAAGCCAAGGAGGAGGUGAGAGAUAACCAGAACGUGACGACCAGCAUGAUGACGUUCGUGCCGACGACGGAGGAUGACGGUAAAGUGAUCACCUGCAGAGCUGAGAACCCCAACGUGACAGGACUGUUCUACGAGACAACCUGGAACAUCGAUGUUGUAUACCCACCAAUAGUGUCGCUACGUCUCGGCAGCACAUUGAACGCAUCUGAUAUCAAGGAAGGUGACGAUGUCUACUUCGAGUGCCAUGUACGAGCCAACCCACCAUGGAGACGUCUUACAUGGCUACACGAUGGCGUGAUUCUGAGUCACAACGUGUCCGCUCGGCUGAUCCUCAUCAACCAGAGUCUAGUGCUGCAGAAGGUGACCAGACAGAGCGCUGGUAGUUAUGCUUGUGUUGCGGUCAACAGUGAGGGAGACACCAACAGUAACACGCUGCACCUCCGCGUCAAGUACGCACCGACAUGCAAGCAGGAUCGUAUCCUGGUGGUGGGAGCCUCGAGGUCCGAGAACCUGGACAUCGUGUGUGAGGUUGAUGCAGACCCGCCGGCCCGCAGCUUCAGAUGGAAGUUCAACAACUCCGGGGAGACGCUGAACGUCGGUCAAGAGAGGUUCUCGUCUAACGGUACGGCAAGUGUGCUGCGCUACACGCCUGUGGCUGACCUGGACUAUGGGACUCUUAGCUGCUGGGCUGACAACGCCAUCGGCACACAGGCGAACCCGUGUCUCUUCCAGGUCGUCGCCGCCGGCAAGCCAUUUGCAGUACGUAACUGCUCGCUCUCCAACCAGACGGCCAGCUCUGUGGAGGUCAGCUGUUUUGCCGGGUUCGACGGAGGACUUCCUCAGACAUUUCUAUUGGAAUUGUACUCUGGUGACUCUGCAGUGCCUCGCUACAACAUUUCCUCGGACACGCCGUACUUUCUGCUGGCGGACCUAGAGCCAGACGUGCUCUUCCGUGUUGUCGUCUUUGCUGUCAACUCCAAAGGCCGUUCUCCUGGCAUCGUACUUGAAGAGCUCACAUUUAGGGAUCCGGAAAAAAGAACAGGCAGUGACGCGGACGAGUCAUUAUCCUCCGUAGUAGCUGUAGUAGCAGGAGCAGCUGCGACGUUGCUGCUGGUGAUGGUGUGUGUAUUAGUGAGAAUCCGAAACUCGUCCUCCAACCACGAUCAUCGCCUUAUGUCAGAAAAGGUCACUCUUCCACCUGUUGAGAAGCCCGCCAACAGGGAGCCACCGGAUGAGAAAGAUCCAGACGUAAUCCCAGCAAAAUUUGACCCGGUCGGUGUGAUUGGGAAUGGAACGGUAAUUAGAAACCCCCAAGAUCCAGCGGAGACAGAUAUGAACGACCCUCUUCAUUGGCGCCAGGCACCGGAAGCAGCGGGCCAGGCCAGGCACGCAGACUCUAGUCAGCCGUACUCCUGGGAGCUCCGCCCCAAGGACCUGAGUCUGUCUGGGGCUGACCCGGAGCUCAACGGUACCGCCAUCAAGGAGCGGCUCAUGGCCAGUAGACUACCUGAGAGCUGCGUAUGAUCUGGCUCCUAGGCUCCUAGCUCGACAACACUGUGAUAGAUGCAAUACCUACACUAGGCCUCUCUGACACUAUCUGCUACACUUGAUAUCACCUGUCGUUUCCUUAAUUACUAUCAAUGACGUUUUAAUUGAAUUAAAGCGUUAUUAGGUUUGAAAUUUAACUUUAAAAUCCGUUUAAUGGAUUGUAGAAACCCAUUACUUGUUUUAAAUAUCUUAAGUGGAUUCAAAUGAAUGUUGAAACCCUAAUUCAAAUCGUAGUCAAAACAUUGAUUUUCCGAUGAUAUUUUUAUGGAACGACAUAUCUUAUUGUUUUAAAAAUAAAACUGUAGGUGUUACAAAUCUCGACAACUCAUUGAAGGGAGUUCAUGCUCUCCCUCUGAAAGUGAUAGCUGAAAGUGAUAGUGUAUGGGCGUGCAGCUUAAAAGAGGUCUAGUGUUCAUAUUUUACCGUGUAUAUAGUAGUUAGUCUAUUUGAAUGAUUACAAAAUAUACUUCGUGAUAAUAAUUUUAAAAAUACUUCCAUAGUUUUGUACAUGUUUAAAGUGGAUUUUAAAUUAUUUAUUAUUUGUUACAUAAUUGUUCCUUACGUUAUUAAUGUAUAUAGAAGAUAAGGUGUACAUAUCAAAUUGUGUAUGAAUGAUUCAUGUUCAAGUAAAGCGUUUUACAUUUACUGUUUCAUAUGUCAUGUCAUGUACUUCAAUAAUUUUAGCGAUUCUUUAUACCUUUAAAAUUUAUCAAGUGUAAAUAUUGAAGACGCUGUUAAAACAUGUUAUUGUAUCUUGUAGCAUAUGUAAGAUAAGGAUCUAAUAUUUCCCUUGACUAAACUACUCUUUUUAAGACAAUGGUGAUAGUUUCGUCAUAUUAUUUCGGAAGAAAAUUAUUCAGAGCAGUUAAGUGUCGUUUUUAUUCACACCGGUAAGUUCCUUUUACCAACUCCUUCAGACGAAAAAUGGUUGUCUCCAUCUUUUCAGAAUACUGUUGAGAAUAUUCAAAUAAAAAAAAAUAAAUAAAACAUAGCAAGUUAAAAAACAAAAUAGAUUUGCAGUCAAUCAUGUUUUUUUUCGCCACGGCUAUAUUUUAAUGACUCAAAAAAUCUUAAGUUUAUCUGUAAUCAUUUAUUAAAUAUAAUAACAUCUUUGGUGUCAUACAGAGAACAGAAUUCUAAUUAGUAAAACUCCCAAUUUUCCAAGCUGUAAGGAAAAUCAUGUUAUUCAUAUUGAUAAAGUAGAUUUGAAAACGAUUAGACUGCUAAAAUGAGGGAGUGGUCAGAAUAUAUUUUAAAGAUAUACAGUACAAUCAUUAAAUAAGUUUUAAAAUUAUUGAAAUAAAAUAUAUAGUGAAUAAUAAGUAUACAUAUAAUUUAACAUUUUUGUCAAUUUAUGAGUCACUUUCAUCUUCCCGAAAAGUUAUCAGGCACUAUUUGAGAAAGGUUUAACACCUUUGCAGUACCGGAUAUAUUUUACAAAAAAUGAACUAUUCAUAUUUUAACAACCAAUUGGGGGUUUAUUGCGUUUUACACCUAUCACAGUUUAAAUAUAAUUACACAUUUUUGCUGAAACAAUUAUUUAUAAAUUGUCAGUAUUAAACAUCGAUUAGACAUUCCUAUUCCAUGUUCAGAUUUGUAAAGAGAUAUAUUUUGCUUUUACAACAUCGUUGUACAUUAAGACUCAUGUGUAAUUUCCAAAAUGCCUUAAAGGGAUGUGAACCUUAAUCGUAGGACUAAUGUGUAUAUAAACGUGUUAAGGUUUUAACAACGCAUCGGAUUUUCCGUACAUUUUGUAAUUCUAAUAAUAACUAGACUAAGCUUAAUAAUCAAAGUAUAAUGUAAUUAGGUGUAAGAUUAAUUUGAUGUUUUUAAUCGUUGUUAAA